GGGGACGGGACACAAGGGAAUGGGGAUGCGGCAGGAUGGGACAUGCCGGGACAGGGACGUGGGACAUGGCGAGGCAAGGUGGCCCAUGGCAGACUCCAAGGUGGCCCAUGGCAGGGCAUGGUGGCCCAUGGCAGGGCACGGUGACCUGUGGCAGGGUGUGGUGGCACACAGGAGGGCAUGGGGACCUGUGGCAGGGCAUGGUGGCCCACAGGAGGGCAUGGUGGCCCAUGGCAAGGCAAGGUGGCACAUGACAGGUCACAGUGACCUGUGACAUUACCAGAUGGCACGCAGCAGGGCAUGGUGACCUGUGGCAGACCAACAUGGCAUGUGGCAGGACACGGUGACCUGUGGCAGGGCAUGGUGGCCCAUGGCAGACCAAGGUGGCACAUGGCAGACCAAGGCCGAGAGGAUCCCGCAGCCAUGUCCCUUACGGGCAGCGCUGACAUCGACGGCAAAUCCGAGAAGCCCAUGUCCCUCAUGUGGGGGUGCGAGCUGAGCAGCCAGCAGGACUUCCACACCUUCCGGACGCUGGAGGAAUGGCCGUGCCAGCAGCAGCUGGCCCUGUGGACGGUCUCCCUGGGGGAGGCGGCGCGGGAUGAGUUCCACGUGGUGGAGAUGGUGCCUGUCGAGGAGGGGGAUGCUCACGCCCCGGUGCCCCUGGCCACGCUGAAGCCCUCUGUGCUGCCCACGGCCACCCUGGUGGGAGUGGAGCUGACACCUCCCGUCACCUUCCGCUUGAGAGCCGGCUCCGGACCCGUCUACAUCAGCGGGCAGUUCCUCACCAUGAUACCCGACCUGUCCUGGGAGGAGGAGGAGGAGGAAGAAGAAGAAGAAGAGGAGGAUGCCGAGGAAGAGGAGCCAGCAGAGGAAUCCGCCAUGGGCCAAGCUGCCAGGAAGGGCAGUGCCACCAAGAGUCAGAGGCUCCGUAGCCGGUCCCCGUCCUGCCUGUGCGUUCCCGGUCCCGCCACCUACGUUUUCCUGUCUUUCCCCCAGAAGAGGAGGCUGGAGAAGGAGGAUGAGCUCAGGAAUAACGUCUCCCCCGAGGAUCCUCUUCCCAGCAAGGGGCGAGGAGCCGCCUGGGGCAAGAAGGCAGCAGCAAAGAAGUAGCAGGAGCUGCGGCAGAGCCUGGCCAGGUGCGGAAGAGCCUGGAAAGCUGCCGCUUUGGUCU